GUACAACAUUUCGUUGACGUUGGGGGAAUUGAGCUUUCGCGGAGACCGUCCGUAUUUCACAGCCCGCGGACUGUUUUCAUUGAUUUAAAGGAACAUCGGGGCAAACUGAAGAUUCAUAAAUGAUCUGUAUACUGUUGGUAGCCGGCCAUGGCACCGUCCUACAGACCCAAAUUAAGAAUGAUGACACAGGCUUGUACAGUCACCUUGCCGGGGUACCAAAGGCCUUACUCCCUGGAAUUGGAGGAAAGAAGAUCCUGGACUUUUGGUGGGAAACGGUCAACAUGCGACAGUUGUUCACAGAAGUGUACCUGGUCACUAAUGCAGACAAAUACAAGCACUAUGAGCGCUGGGCCACAGCUAAUGACUUCCCCGUGGAAAACGUGGUCAAUGAUGGCAGCACUACUUUGGAGGACCGUCUCGGGGCCGUGGCUGACCUGCAGCUGGCCAUACGCAGUCGCAAGCUGCAGGACGACAUCAUGGUGAUUGCAGGAGACAUGCUGUGUGCAGACCAGAACUUUGACAUCGCUCAAGUUAUCCGCUUCUUCAGGUCAAAGCCUGGGGAGCUGAUCAUAUACUACGAGCUGGAAGAAGGUGAGAAAAGCAGCUCCAGGGGCAUUGUGGAGGUGUGUCCUGACACCCACAAGAUAACCCGCUUCUUGGAGAAACCGCAGGAAGGGCUGACGGAAUCUCGGCUGGCCAGCGUGGUGUUUUACUGCAUCCAGAGAGACACACUGUCCUACCUGUCUGACUUCCUCAGCCUGCAGCCUCAAGCUGCAGACAGGAGCUUUGGACGAUUCUGGGAGUGGCUCAUUAAUGAGAAGCAACGCGACGUGUUUGGGAUGAAGCUUCCUACUGGCUUCCAGCUCAUUGGACAAGUGGGCCUGUCAGACUACACCAAGUGGCUCACCCACUACUCCACCAAGCAACAAGACAAUCCUGCUAAACCAAUCACAUGCCGAUCAUACGCCAGGGUUGGAUUAAUGGGGAAUCCCUCUGACGGCUUCAAUGGGAAAACCAUCGCAAUGUCCAUCUCUAACUUCUGGGCCGAGGUCACUCUUGUGGAGAGCCAGACUUUGGUUUUAGUCCCUCAUCCCCUCAAUGACCCCACAGAGUUUGGAAGCCUGCAAGAUCUGUUCUGCAUCAGCAGGAAAGAAGGAUACCUGGGAGGUCUGCGGCUGCUACAGGCUACCUGUAAGAAGUUCUACCAGUUCUGCUCCAAACAAGGUAUUGCUCUGACAAAGCAGAACUUCACACUGAAGUAUGACACCAACAUUCCUCGGCAAGUGGGCCUUGCUGGAAGCAGUGCCAUCGUCUCUGCAACCCUUAAGUGUCUUAUGAAAUUCUACAACAUCACAGACAAUGACCUCCCGAAGCCAGUCCGAGCCAACUUCAUCCUCAACGUGGAGACGGAUGAACUUUUCAUUACUGCUGGUCUGCAGGACAGAGUCGUGCAGGUCUAUCAAGGCUUAGUCUACAUGGAUUUUAGCAAGAAGCUCAUGGAAGAUCAGGGCCAUGGAAACUAUGUCUCUAUGGAUAUGAGUGAACUCCCACCAUUUUGGCUCGCUUACCUUAGUGAUCCCAGUGACUCUGGACGCAUCCACAGCAACACCAGACAGCGCUGGCUCAAUGGGGAACCUCUUGUAGUUGAGGCCAUGAAGACUUUUGCUGAACUCACUGAUCAGGCCAGGAGGGCUAUACAGGAAAGAGACUGGAGCACUCUGGCACAACUCAUGGACCAGAACUUUGAACUGCGGAGGUCUGUCUACACCGAUGAGUGUCUGGGCCCUGGGAAUCUCAAGAUGGUUGCGUUGGCAAAGCAGUUUGGCUCCGCGGUGAAGUUGCCAGGCAGCGGGGGUGCUGUGGUCGGUCUGUGUCUGGAUCAUGCAAAACUGGUGGAGAUGAGGCAAGCUUUCCAGGAGGCAGGCUGUGUCUUCUGUGUCAUCACACCAUACAACCCAUCUGCCGGCACUGUUGGUGGCCAAGACUAACCUCACAUCUCCCCAUGACUCAGUCAGGCUACUCAAGGCCAGCUCAGGGCCUGUGGUUGAAUAUGGCACAGAGAGGGCUUCAAUGAGUCAAUGUCAAUGUCAUUUCACAGGACUUCCUAUUACAGUGGGCAGCAAAGAUCCAGAUCAUUUACGUGAAAUGAGGUAUAAUCCAUAAGUAGAGAAUAAUCAGGUUACGAUGAGGAUCUUUACCCUUUGGGGAUAGUUUGUGUAAUUUAUCAGACUGACCAAAUAAUGUUAUGAGAUUAUGAGAUUCAGGACAUUUAGGGUCACUUAAAGUGCAGUGAAUUAAAGCCCUUCUGCCAAAUUUAUCGUCUAUAACAAUGCAAAAAUUAUGCAGUUAUUUUUUUGUGUGUCUGACAAUCAGACUCACACACACAUGCACACUAAAGUAAUCACUUAUAUAGACUAUGAAUUUUAUGUCAUUAUACUUGUACAGUGAAUGUAAUUUUGUACACAAAUUAAAAGCAAUUUACAUAGCUCUUAGUGUUUUGUCAUGUAUACCAUGUAGCUUGUAAAGCAUCAUUUAACCUGUCCGUAACCCAUAUUACACACACAUGGCUGAGCGUAAACCCACCAAGUACAGCUGGUUUAAAUAAGAUGUAAGUCAAACUGUACAAACCACUUAGACCCCAUGUAUUCUAUAUACUUCCACUGUACUUUGUACUAUACAGAGGUGCCACGAUUAGUCAAUUAAUCAGUUAGUUUAUCAAAACAAAAUUAGUUAGUAUUUUGACAACCCAUUAAUCAUUUCAGUCAUUUUUCAAGCUAAAAUGUUUAACAUUCUUGAAUAUCAGGAUUUUCUGUUUUUCUUUGUCGUCUAUGACCGUAAAUAGUCUUUGUAUUUUGGAGUGCUGGUUGGACAGAAGAAGUCACUUGAAGACAUCACCUUGGGCUCUGGGAAAUUGUGAUGAGACCUUUUCACUACUUUUUUUUAAACAUUUUAUAGACAAAACGAUUAUUCGGUUAAUCGU